GUCAUCACCCUGCGCCCAUUCAGCGGGACCGUCGCGGCAUUUGAAACAUUUUACAUCUGUAGCACCCUAAAAAAAACACUUUACGCCGCUUAUACCGCCUGUACAGUGAUCUGAAAUGAUCGAUAUGAUUGAGAAAGAGGACCCGAUCAUCAGUGAGGAGGAGGCGGCACAGUAUGACCGCCAGAUCCGAUUGUGGGGGCUGGAUGCCCAAAAGAGGUUGCGAGGGUCCCGUGUGCUCCUGGCAGGUUUAGGGGGUCUUGGGGCAGAGGUGGCCAAGAACCUCAUCCUGGCUGGAGUUAAAGGACUCACUUUGCUGGAUCAUGAACAGGUGUCAGAGGAGUCAUGUCGAGCUCAGUUCCUGGUUCCGGUGACAGCUCAGGGUCAGAAUCGAGCCCAGGCGUCUCUGGAGCGAGCGCAGAACCUCAACCCAAUGGUGGAGGUCCACGCUGACUCAACGAGAGUCGAAGACAAACCAGAUGACUUCUUCCUGCAAUUUGAUGCGGUGUGUCUGACCGGCUGCUCCAGAGACCUGAUGGUGCGGGUGGACCAGCUCUGUUCUCAGCGCAACAUCAAAGUCUUCUGCGGGGAUAUCUACGGUUACUAUGGUUACAUGUUCUCCAACCUCGGGAAGGAGCACAACUACGUUGAGGAGAAACCUAAACUGGUUAAACCAACUGAAAAUUCUACUGACGGUCCUGAAGCGAAGAAAGCCAAAGUGGACCCCAACGAGACCACCAUGGUGAAGAAGACGGCCAGUUUCUGCACUCUGAAGGAGGCUCUGGAGGUCGACUGGACGACUGAGAAGGCAAAAGCCGCAAUGAAGCGAACUCCAGUGGACUACUUCCUGCUUCACGUUCUGUUGAAGUUUCGUACAGACAAAGGCCGUGACCCCGACCCACAAUCCUUUGCUGAAGACAGUCAGCUCCUGAAACAGAUCCGUGAUGACGUCCUGGAUGCCUUGGCAGUGAGCAGUGACCUCCUGAGCGAUGACUUCACGAGCUACUGCUUCUCUGAGAUGUCUCCGGUGUGCGCCGUCGUGGGAGGCGUUCUGGGACAGGAAGUCGUCAAGGCUCUCUCCCAAAGAGACCCUCCACAUCGGAACUUCUUCUUCUUCGAUGGUCGUAAAGGCAACGGCGUGGUCGACUACUUUGGACCAAACUAAACACGACAGUUUUACACACAAAACAAGUCCAACAAACUUCUGUCUCUCUGUGAGUUUGUGUGAUUAUUUAUAUCAGUGUUUGCGUCACAAUUCAUAAAAUUAAUCUGUUGUUCCACUUCUGACCUGAUCUCAAGAACAUUGUCUGGGGUUUUUUUUACAUUUCCUAAUAAAACAUUGUUUGAUAAAAGA